GAGAGAGAGAGAGAGAGAGAGAGAAACGAAGAAGAAGACGAUGUCGGAGGAUGCAAUAUGGAAAUUCUGCAAUGCGCUGGCAUCAUUCUGCAACCAUCUUCAGUCCAAUUCGGAUGCUCUCAAAUUAUCUAUAGAUCGCCGCCCCAUUCCUCUCGAUUCUGCAUCUUCCACCUUCGUUCAAUCCCUUAACCGCCGCGUAUCCACCUCAGCCGCGGACCUCGAGCUCCUGGACUCGAUGUCGUUCGGCACCGUCUCCUUCGAAGAGCUGUUAGGUCACUGCAACGAACUCUAUAAGAAAAACCACUCCGAUCUACUUGAACUCGAAGAUCGUCUCAAGAGCAGCUACGGCUACGUUCCAGCUCCAGAUUUUGAGGAUGAAGAGGAUGAUGAAGAAGAAGAAGGAGAGAUUUUAGCUCCUGUGCCGGAUUCUAGUUUCAACGAAGAUGAUUUAUUUGAUGAAUCUAUGAGUUUGAAACAACUUGGACUCUCAGAUGCUUGUCUGGCCACGUUAGCAUCUGGAGAACCUGAGAAGGAACAAGAGUUUAAGCUGCAGCAGCAACCUGUUGUAGACAAAACAGUGACAUCUGAGGGGAGGAAUUUCUUAUCUGACGAGCCAAACAAGGAGAAUUUAGAGUCAGCUGAACCUUCCAGCUCUCUUAUAAAGAUAUCGGAAAGAGAAUUUGAAUGUCUUCCUGGCUACAUGAAGGGUCUAGCGACAUGGGAGGAUUUACUUGUAGCUGUUGAUAAAAUCAAUUCAAGCCUCAGGAAGAAAACCAAUGGAGGCAACUACUUCCGGCAAGAUGAAAUCCCUUCAUUUGAUUUAGGUCCUAAAGCAAGAUCAUAUUUGCUGGUUUUGGUGCGCAUGAACCGGUUGGUUGUUGAAACAAUUGAUGGAAUACUAUCGUACAGAGUAUUGUAGAUGUGAAAACCAAUGAAGAACUGUGUUUCAUGAAGAGGACAGGAAGAAAGCACAUAGCUAGUUAUAAAAGUCUCAGUAAUUUCAAUGAACUGUCUUUGAGGUUUUAAAUUCUGUGAUCCAUUCCCAUUUGAAGCUUGAGUGUAAAAUCUGCAUAUACCUUCUCUUUGUAACGAUAAAGGUAUUUGUAGCUAUUUGUUAUUGAACAAUGUUAAUAACAGAAGUCGAUAGGAUUAGAAAGCAUUUAUAUGAGAAAGCUCAUCACCUUUUAGUUUUUGUGCCUAUUA